UUAAUGAUCACAUGAUCAAAACAAAAGGCGUUGACUUGACUUUUUUGCAGGAAAGAUGGGUGUGUGUUCAAUAAAUUCCACCAAUUUCACUUAUUUCCACUCAAUUGAUAUAGCAACUACAGUAUUGUUAAUUUGUCUGAAACUCACAUAAGAUGACUUCUUUAAAGUUUGAAACUAAGCCUAUUGAGAUCAAGAGGGUGGAUAACAUCACUGGGUCAUUGUUCAGUACACAUUAUAAGAACAAAACACCAGUGAUUCUCACUGGCAUCAUGCAAGACUGGCUGCCAAUGGAAACCUGGACUAGGGAAUAUAUAGAGGGAGUCCUUUAUGAAGAGUUUGGUGAUGAAGUAACAGUGCUGAAAUCAAAUGACAACAAACAUUUUAUAGACCAUUAUGAGAUAUCAGAAAAAGUAGAAAUAACUUUUAAAAAUUUCAUGGAUUCCGUAUUUCAUCCAAAGCAGUGUACAGACGAUGAACCAGUUAAAUAUUAUCUGCGUACACACUCCAUGCCUUCUAAACUUUAUGAAGACCUGAUUAUACAGAAACAGGUUAAGAGACUGCUAACAGCUAUUCAUCAUGCAAAGAGUAACAAUGUCAUCUCUUCAAAAAGCCAACAGGAAAAUCCUUCCAAAAUGUCAUCAACAUUUAGUUCUACUGUCCAAGAUGUUCAUCCAUGGGAAGAAUUCUUAGAAUUUGGUGAAGAGGAGUGUGUGGAACCAGAAGUUCUUCAUGAAGAGAUGCAAACCAGCCUCUAUCCAGGCUGGGGAAAUAACAAUGGGAAUGUUCCAGUGGACCUUCCAAUGCCAUUUCAGGAAAUGUUCAGAAAAGUUUUUAAACCAGAGACUAUGCAACUCUGGGUCGGAACAAUGGGUAAUGUAACACCACUUCACUUUGAUCGCAAUCAUGGCCUUCUUGUACAAUUCAUAGGUUGCAAAGAGUUGAUACUAUUCUCUCACACUGACACUUCUUUUCUGUACCCCUACCCAAGCCACACAUCACGAUCACACACCAGUAAAGUCAAUCUGCGCGACCUUGAUACAUGCUUAGAGCGAUUCCCGCGUUUGUGGCAUGCGCAAAGGUACACAUGUGUAUUGCACCCUGGUGAGAUUCUUUACACACCUCCCUUCUGGUGGCAUGAUGUCACAUCUCUGGAUGGCUGUGUGUCUGUCACUUUGCCAUGGGACAUCACCCUAGAUGAAGUACCUCUCAAUAUGCUAAUGUAAACAUAGUGAUUUGCACUAAUCUAAAUUUGUGAAAUGAUAAACAAUAUAGCUUCAAAUGUGUACUGCAAACUGCAAUCUUUAAAUAUUAACAAAUUUUAACUGUAGCUAAGUUGUCCUUUCAUAUGUCCUAUCCAGACUAUCAAUUAUCAUUUGACAAAAACAUGUGACAUGCCUAAAUAUGGUCAUGAUGACAUCACAUCAUGACCAUAUAUAGGCACAUUAUGACUAUAAAUGUGAAGUACAGCUGUGGCUUGGGGUUUUUUUUUUUUAAGGAGUGUUAGGGUAUUCCCUUACCAAUAUAAUUGUAUGGUCGAGGGUCGAGGGGUGUGAGCUAUUUGUGUGAAGUUUCACCAUCACCAUAUUUUGCGAAUUUGCGGCCCUCAACUGAUCAUCGAGGGGCCCCCCGACUUCACCUUCAUGGCCCCCCCCCCCAAAUUGUAAUUUUAUUUUUUAGUGGUGUGUGCCUGGGGUGCAUUUUGUCUAGAGUUUGGGAAGACAAAUUCCCCCUCCAUAGUAUUCUCUAGAUAUCUGUAGAUUUAAUAUGUCAUUUUAAAUAUAAUUUUCUGGUUGGUACAAAACUAAUUAUGGUAAGUGAGUGCAAUGAAUAAUAAAUGAUGUGGUGCCUUUGUGUUUAAUAGAGAAAUGUUUGUUAAUGAUAAAGAUAUUGAAAUAUAAACUCAAAAUAUAUAGAUUUAUUUGUCUUAGUUUUGAUUGCUGAAAGCAAGUAAUAUUGUUAAAAUAGUAUAGUGAUAUUUUAAUAAAGUUUAAUAACUUUG